CUGUGUUCCCGCACGAGGAGAUUUUACCGUUAUAAUUUGUAGUCCGUUACGUUACACGACCACAAAGCUGGGCAAGCUUACAAACAGGAAGAAAUCAUUGCUGUCAUAUCGACACCGACGACGGUUGGUGGUGAGUACUUCUGCAGACAGAGCUAACGUUAGCUAACCUCCGUGCGUAGACAACAAACUGUCAUUUAAGCAGCCGUUACUUUAUUUUAAUAGUAGCACGAUGGCUGCAGCAAACGAAGCAUUUGUUUAUUGAUGCAUGCUUGAGUUUGUGAGUUAUUCGUUGUUUGUUUGAUUUUGUGUCCGGGCUAACCGAGGCGGGGCUUGGUUCAGGUUAUGACAAAUCACGGCCUUUCUAAAUGAAAACCCCGCCUCUCGCGUUAGCUGAGAUGAAUUUAUCGAACGCACUUCCGGACUCUGACCAGACAAAAGGGGGCGCUUAAGGUCGUGUGCGUCACGUCAAAUAAUUUAGCAUUUAUCCAUUACAAAUGUUUGACAUUUGCGGUUUAGAAAUAACUUCCUGCGUGUGUGUCGUGCGCCUCGUUUGCCACACGUUAUCAUAUUUCAGCAGCUUGAGCAGCUUUGCUGCUUUCACCUCCGGCGGUUCCAGCUCCACCUUAACAAACCGAUGUCAGCUUUCAUGCAGUUUUUUUGCAUUGACGUCAACCGCAUACAGCACAAAACAGAGGCUUUCUUUAUAUUUCGUAUGUUUGAGUCAGAAUAUGGACACAUAGACAGGCACUGGUACCAAUUUUAAACCAGUCUGACUGCGACAGCUGCUGAUAUUUCUCCCAUCACAGCGAGGAAGACACUGUGUGCAAGGAUAACCGCAACACAACCACCGUUGCCCAGAGUGCGGCCCAGGCAAGAGCCCGCGACCGCAGGCACCAUGAUGGAAGGGGGCAUGCAGCUGCUCAACCGCGAUGGCCACAGCAUCUCGCACAAUUCGAAGCGGCACUACCACGACUCCUUUGUGUCCAUGAACAGGAUGCGACAGCGUGGUUUGCUGUGUGACAUCGUGCUCCAUGUCUCCAACAAAGAAAUCAAGGCACACAAAGUGGUGCUGGCAUCCUGCAGCCCUUACUUCCACGCUAUGUUUACCAAUGAGAUGUCGGAGAGUCGGCAGACCCAUGUGACCCUACAUGACAUUGACCCUCAGGCUUUGGAGCAGCUGGUCCAGUACGCCUAUACAGCAGAGAUUGUGGUUGGGGAAGGCAACGUGCAGACGUUGCUCCCAGCAGCUAGCCUGCUGCAGCUCAACGGGGUACGUGAUGCCUGCUGUAAGUUCCUCCUCAGCCAGCUGGACCCCUCCAACUGCCUGGGCAUCCGAGGAUUCGCUGACACGCACUCCUGCAGCGACCUACUCAAGUCUGCACACAAGUAUGUCCUGCAGCACUUCGUGGAGGUGUCCAAGACUGAGGAGUUCAUGCUGCUGCCACUGAAACAGGUCCUGGAUUUGAUUUCCAGUGACAAUCUUAAUGUGCCAUCUGAAGAGGAAGUGUACCGGGCUGUGUUAAGCUGGGUGAAACACGAUAUAGACGGACGCAGGCAACAUGUACCUUGGCUGAUGAAGUGCGUGCGGCUGCCGCUGCUGAGGCGAGACUUUCUGAUGAGCAACGUGGAUACAGAGCUGCUGGUGCGUCACCACUCGGAGUGCAAGGACCUGCUGAUCGAGGCUCUCAAGUAUCACCUGAUGCCUGAGCAGAGAGGAGUCCUCAGCAACAGCCGGACGCGCCCACGACGCUGUGAAGGCGCCAGCCCUGUGCUCUUCGCCGUUGGUCAGUGUGUCCCCGAAGGUGGUGGCAGCCUGUUUGCCAUCCAUGGAGAUUGCGAGGCGUAUGACACCAGGACGGAUCGCUGGCACAUGGUGGCGUCCAUGUCCACUCGGCGGGCACGAGUGGGCGUGGCAGCCAUUGGGAACAGACUUUAUGCUGUUGGAGGGUAUGAUGGCACCUCAGACCUUGCAACCGUGGAGUCCUACGACCCCAUCACGAACUCCUGGCAACCUGAAGUUUCCAUGGGAACACGGCGGAGCUGUUUGGGUGUGGCCGUCCUGCAUGGCCUGCUGUACGCUGCUGGAGGUUAUGAUGGAGCUUCCUGCCUCAAUAGUGCAGAGCGUUACGACCCUCUGACCAGUACAUGGACCUCGAUUGCUGCCAUGAGCACCCGUAGGAGAUAUGUUCGAGUAGCAACUCUGGAUGGAAACUUGUACGCAGUGGGAGGUUAUGACAGCUCCUCACAUCUCGCAACAGUGGAGAAAUACGACCCCCAGAGCAACACAUGGACAGCCAUUGCAAACAUGCUGAGUCGGCGCAGCAGUGCUGGGGUGGCCGUGCUUGACGGCAUGCUGUAUGUCGCAGGAGGCAAUGACGGCACCAGCUGCCUGAACUCUGUGGAGAGGUUCAACCCCAAGACCAACACCUGGGAGGGAGUGGCCCCAAUGAACAUACGCAGGAGCACCCAUGACCUUGUGGCUAUGGAUGGCUGGUUAUAUGCAGUAGGAGGUAACGACGGCAGCUCUAGUCUCAACUCCAUCGAGAAGUACAACCCGCGCAGCAACAAAUGGGUUGCGGCCUCCUGCAUGUUCACGCGGCGCAGCAGCGUGGGCGUGGCUGUUCUCGAGCUGCUGAACUUUCCACCGCCAUCCUCGCCCACCCUCUCGGUUUCCUCCACAAGCCUUUGACACGGGGUCACCGCUUGGCUGACCUCAGCCUCUGCUGCUACAGCCCAGACUGGCUCUGGGAAAAGACGCAACUGCUCGGUUUGAGACUGGGAAGAGGAGGAGGAACGGGGUAAAUGGAUGGAGUUGGGAGAAGAAACAGAGGGAAGGUGUGGAUGAGGCUCCUGGCUUGGUUAUAUUAUACAGUACCCUCCAGGAUUAAUGGCACUCUUGGUAAAGACUGUCCAGCCAUCGUUCGAUUGAUUCAUGAACUCUAAUUUAUUCUAGGCAAUUUUUAAAAGGUUGUUAAUGUGCAGUAUCCUAUAAUCUAUAAUCUUUCUUUUAUUUAUGGUCAAACCAAUCUGGCUGCACUUAACCAAGUUUGGCAUUAAUUCUGGACUGGGACUGUAUCUCGCCUGGAUGCCAGGAACUCCACUGUACAGCUCCACCAGACAGAUACCAGCUCCCACUCUGUUCAAGAGUAGAAGAUGUUCCCAGAUAACGACACGACCGAUCAAGCCCCAUUUUCACAGUGUUUGACACACUCAUCAUAAAACGUGGUGGACACUUCUAUCAUGUGUGAUGUAAAUGUUUUUAGUUUGAUGUUGUUGUCUUCUGCAAGAUUUUUUUUCUUUUCUUUUCUUUUUUUUUUUUUUUUCAAUAAUGUACAAAAAAAGAAACUGGAUGAUUUUUAGUUUUGGAAUGUAGCUUUUGACUGGUUACAUGCAUGUUUACAUAUUGGCAUUGACUCCCCAGCAGGAGGAUAAAAUGUUGUAGUGCUGCUAUGUCACAGUAGGUGGCAGUAACAGGCAAUGUUAUAAACCUUUCCCACAGAGCAAGAGAGCAUGGACACCAAUAACAGCAAAGUUAGGCCCUCAGAACUGUAAAUGAGUUUAAUAUAUAAAUAUAUUUACGUAUUAUACGUAUACAAACUAUAUGUAUUUAUAAAAAUGUAUAAAUUCUAAUAUAUUCUGUUUUAAAGAUGCUUAGAGAAGGAUACAGAUCAGACCUAUGUCUAUUUAAGAGUGUUUUUAAUAUAUUUAUUUAAGUGUGUGAUGUGCAUAUUGUCAAUGGAAAUGACAAAGAGAAUGUCAAAGUGUGAGAGAGUUAGUUUGUGUGCAUUUGGCGUUUCUCCUGGUUAAGAAGAAAGAUUGUUGCAUUUUGAUACAGUGUUUCAUUUACAUUUCUUGUUUCGUCACUGCCACAAGCAUGAGCUCACAUGAAACUGUCCGCUACAUUUGUGCAAAGGAUUUAGUUGCUCGCAAUCCUAAUGACCAGUCAAUUUAGGGGCUCUACAUUGUCUUUAAUCAUACUUCUCAUAGUUUUUAUAUGGACGUGGAGGUGGAAAUAAUCUUCGUGGCAGUUAAAGCAGAAAGUACUAGUUUACCUACAGUAUACCAACACUUGACACUAUUGAGUAAUCCUGUUGACACUUGGUGCUGUCAUAAUCCAUCAAGUGUGGUGUCUUGUUAUAUUACCUCAUUGAAAUGGAUCUCAUGGAGUCUAUUGCAACAAAGCUGAACUAGAAACAACUGUCUAACCACAUAUAUACUGGAUAUAGAACGUGUCGUAGGUCAUUUGGGAAUAUCACCACUGAACUUGCAUUGUCCAACAUAAAUGGGUCACUUUGAGCCUUUUUGACUCAGUUAACACGGGUUCAGUUCAGUUCAUGUAUAGUGCAGUGAUACCAUUCCAAACUUCUAAGAAGUUGCCUUUUCUUUCCUU